AUGUCUGACAAUCGUUCAGAAAGUAGUAUCAAACGCCAAAAAAUAAAUUUAGGCAAAAAUGAUAUUGUAGAUUCUAGCAUACAACAAAAUACUUCUUAUGAAGAUUCUGGCAUUAAACUUACGACAACUAAAAGUCUUCCCGACUCUGAAAAUGUCGAAAGUGUCUCUCUGAGUUCUAUCUUAUAUUCGGAAGAUUUGGUAGAAAUGGUUCAAUUCAAUUUUAUGUUUGAACUUGAAUUUCUGAUGUCUAAUUUACCUAAAUCUAAGCAAAAUACAAUUCCUACGACUAUUGCGGAAGCAAAUUUUUUCAAUAAUGUGAAACUUAUUUCUCCACGGCUACCUAUUCCAUAUGGAACUCAUCAUACAAAAGCAAUGUUACUUUUUUACGAGAAUUUCACAAUGCGUAUGGUUAUCCACACUGCUAACGCGAUAAGAAGGGAUUGGGCCGAUAAAACACAAGGAGUAUACAUGACCCCGUUCCUCUCUAAGAAACGCGAGAAUGCUACAUGUUCAGAAUUUGAGUUGGAUCUGAUUGAAUAUUUGGAUAGCUAUGGUGAUAAAUUAAAGCAUAUUCGAAAUAAAGUGAAGGAAUAUGACUUUUCAACUGUCAAGGCGAAAUUAAUUGCUUCAGUACCAGGUUAUCAUGUUAAUGAAAAGAUGGAACGAUUUGGUCAUAUGAGGCUUAGGAAUGUUUUAAGAAACGUCACCAUCCCGUUAUCGUGUAAAGACGAGAAAUGGUUGAUAAAUGAAUUUGCGGAUAGUCUAAAACAUGCAAAAAACCAAAAUCAAUGCAGUGACCCGGAAAUAAAAUUAGUUUAUCCAACUGUUGAGAAUGUCCGCGAUAGUUUGGAGGGAUGGACGGCUGGUCAAGCAUUACCUUUUAGUCAUGAAAAUUAUUUAAAACAAAAAUAUUACAUGCAGAAAUAUUUGUAUAAAUGGAAGGCAAUUGAAGCUGGAAGAGAUCGUGCAAUGCCUCAUAUUAAGACAUAUUCUCGAAUGAAAAUAAUGCCGAAUUUGACAACAAAUAAUUCAGAUUCAAAUGCAGAUAUUGCAUGGUUUUUAUUGACUAGUAGCAAUUUAUCCAAAGCUGCAUGGGGCACUUUACAAAAGAAAAACAAACAGUUGAUGAUACGCAGUUACGAGUUGGGCGUAUUAAUCUUUCCAGAAUUAUUUCAUAAACUUGAAUUUACUUCGGUCCACCUAAUAAAUUCUAUUCCUCGUAAUUUAAAACCUACACUACCAUCUUGUAACGCCACUUCUUCAAAUUCAACUUUGUCAAAGAAAAGGAAACAAUUGGAGGAAGGAGGAGGAAAAUUGAUAAUUCCUAUUCGUUUACCUUAUGACCUACCAUUAACACCAUAUAAUUUUCAAGGUGGUGAUGAAUGCUGGACAUGGAAUAUACCAAGAACUGAAAAAGAUUGGUUAGGAAAUUUAUAUAGACCUUGA